GCUCCGGCAGUGCGCCUGUGCAGCCGGCGCGUCCCGAUGGAGCGCGGCGGCGGCGGCGGCGGGGCUGGGACCGGGACCGAGGGGGCUGCACGGGGACCCCCGCUUCCCGGGAAGAUGGCCGAGUCAGGCGCGGUGCGGACCUCGCCGCCCAACCACCGACCUUCAGGCAUGGAUGGAUUUUUAAGAUCUGAUGAGAGACAGAGACUAGCUAAAGAAAGACGAGAAGAAAGAGAAAAAUGUCUUGCUGCCCGGGAGCAGCAGAUCCUGGAGAAACAGAAAAGAGCUAAGCUCCAGUAUGAAAAGCAAAUUGAGGAGCGAUGGCGGAAACUGGAAGAACAGCGGCAGCGGGAGGACCAGAAGAGGGCUGCUGUGGAAGAGAAGAGGAAGCAGAAGCUCCGGGAGGAGGAGGAGCGGCUGGAGGCGAUGAUGCGCCGGUCCCUGGAGCGCACACAGCAACUGGAGCUGAAGAAGAAGUGCUCAUGGGGAGCUUCGCUGGCCACUGGGCCUGGAGGUCGUGAUGGUGAAUCAGAAAAUACCCCACCCCCUCCUCUAGGUUUAGCAGCCAGCACCCUCCCUCCGGACCCAGGGACCACUGCCACCGCUGCCGAGUCCACCAACGCAUGUGACAAACUUUCAACAUCAACCAUGAAUUUGCCAAAGCAGACGGAGCCUCCCAUGAGUAAGCGCCUGUCUUCAUCCACCGUGGCAAUAUCCUAUUCCCCAGACCGAGCUCAUCGUACACACCUUAGUCCCAUGGAAACCUUUCUUGUUAUGCGACUGUUGACACCCACACAGGCUUCUUUAGCCAGAAGCAGAAGUGUACUCAUGCUCUCUGAGCAGGCCAGUGACUCAGUAUCCCAUGCCUGUCCUCGUGUAGCUCCUGCUGGCCCUCUUAAAUCUUCUUACAAGUCUUCUCCCACUCGGAGUGCUGAGAGGAAGAAGACUCCGUCUACAUCUGGCGUAGGAGAUUCUGGGAAAGGAGCCCCUGCAGGAGCGGAGGCCUCUCCGACUGAGAAGAUGAAGAGGAGCCCUCGAACAACAACUUCUGUUCCCAGUGCGGGCCUUGGGUCUCCUCUGAGAAGAUGUGAGUUUCCAGGGAGCAUUUCUAAGAGGUCAUCUUCUCCAGUGACAUCCAAGGCAACUUCAAAAGCAUAUCCACAGUCUCCAAAGAAUAUGAAGCCGUCAUACCCAGGGUCUCCUGUGAAGUACCGCUUACCCACCUUUCCCAACCAGGAAACACCAAAGAGGAAAGCAGAGAAAGAGAAGAGCAAUAAGGAAAGGGAAAGUGUCCUGGCUCAGCAGGCAGCUGGCCUGCAUGGAGAAGAAGCCCCAGAGAAGCAUGUGGUAGACAAACAUGUCACUGAGAAGCAUGUGGUCACAGGAGGGAAGGUUGAGAGCAGUGGAGGGAAGCACACAGCAGGCACCACUGAUGCUGGAGAGGCUGCGAAGAUCCUGGCUGAAAAGAGACGACAAGCCCGGCUACAGAAGGAGCAGGAGGAGCAGGAACGGCUGGAGAAAGAAGAACAGGACAGCACACACAGUUCUUUGGCAGUUUGGCUUUUGAGCAUGUCAUCAUCUCCUAACAACAGUUAUGUUCUCAAAAGGCUGGAGAGAGAGGAAUUGAAAAGAAAGGCAGAGGAGGAAAGACUUCGCCUAGAAGAGGAAGCCCGUAAGCAGGAAGAAGAAAAGAAGCGGCAGGAAGAGGAAGAAAAAAGAAAGGCAGAAGAGGAGGCUAAGAGAAAGGCCAAGGAGGAGCUGUUACUAAAAGAAGAGCAAGAAAAGGAAAAACAAGAAAAGGAGAAGCAAGAAAAAGCCAUGAUUGAAAAGCAGAAGGAAGCAGCAGAAGCAAAGGCCCAGGAGGCAGCUAAACAGAUGCGUCUAGAAAGAGAACAGAUCAUGCUGCAGAUUGAGCAGGAGCGACUGGAGAGGAAGAAGAGAAUUGAUGAAAUCAUGAAGAGAACAAGGAAGAGUGAUGUGUCUCCAGAAGUGAAGAAGGAAGACCCAAAGGUGGAGCUUCAUUCUGCUGUGUGUGUGGAAAAUAAGACAAAACCAGUUGUCCCGAAUAAAAUAGAAAUAAAUGGAUUAAACACCUGCCAGGAAGUUAAUGGUGUGGGGCGUACUGCGCCAGAAACUUUUCCCCGAGACAUUUUCUCUAAUGGGCUUAAACCAGUUGGGGGACUUGUUCAUCUGGACACCAUUGAUGGGAAAUCAAACAGUCUGGAUGAUUCAACUGAAGAAGUUCAGUCUAUGGAUGUGAGUCCUGUUUCGAAGGAAGAGCUUAUCUCUAUCCCGGAAUUUUCACCAGUAAGUGAAAUGAUUCCUGGGGUGUCUCUGGACCAAAAUGGAACUGGUAAUGCCCGAGCUCUUCAAGAUCUCUUAGAUUUCACCGGCCCCCCCAUGUACCCUAAGCGAUCCAGUGAGAAUCUCAGCCUGGAUGACUGUAACAAAAACCUGAUUGAAGGAUUUAACAGUCCUGGCCAAGAAAAUACUCUGAACACCUUCUGUUGACAAAUACAUCCAUCUCUUUAGUGAAAGGUGGUGUUUGGAGAACCCAUGAAGCUGCUGGUAGUCAAAUCCGAGCUGCCGGUCCUCUGAAGAAGCUCCUAUUGUCCUAAAUCAUCGGAUUCCAAAUUAUUAGAUCAAAAUGUAACUGUAUUCCUAGUUAGUAUGUCAAACACCGGCCACUCUUGGUAGAAAUCUUGAAACAUUGGCCUCGUUGGGCUUUAGCAAAGUUUCAUGUUACAGUUCUAUUUAUGAGCUUCAGCUGCUGAUAAAGCGCUUCUUGUACUACUUUAUUAUCAUAGUGAGCCUCUGAAUAACCCAGGUGAUCCUGUGUUGGAAAUUCACCUUAUAGCUGUUCUUAUUCCCAAAGUUGGAGUACAUAAACAUGUAGAUGUCUUUUCCUGUAAAUAUUCUAGACAUUAACCCAGACUCUACUUAAGCAUAUAUACCAAACUUGGGCUGCUUAUCUCCCUGUGUUUAGAAGAAGAAAUUCCAGAAGGUUUUCCCCCUUCUCUGGGAUUUCUUUGUUGGAAGUUACUAUCAAGAGGCUUUUUUUUUAUUAUUAAGCUUAGCCACCUGUAAAAUGUUUGCCCCACAUUACUCCUUGGGGACCUAACAGAAUAAGUCUGGUUGAUUAAGGAAACAAGCAGUGUGGAAUGAUUUCUGUUCACUUACGCAUUUUCUUAUAGAUGUGGGCACCUGAAUCUAGCGAGAAUCUUGUCAUUGUUGCACCUUUAAAAGUCUCCAAGCCAUCGAGUGGCUUUUGGACUAAAGGAAGUUUAAAUGAAUUGUGUAUCUCAUGGACAGGUGGUUGGUUUUCAUGUUGUUGCUAUUGCUUUUCUCUUGGAUCUUGGGGCCCUUGUUUACUCCUGUGUUUGCUCUAAUGAAGCUAGGCACAAGUGAAAAUGAUAGUGUUCUGGAACACGGGGGCCCUGAAUUGGACCUAAUAUGUCACUUUAAAGACUUUAACGUAAAAACAUAUGAACAGGGGACACAUGACGCUAGAAUGUAUAAUCCAUGUGUUUCAUGCCAUAUAAUAAUGUGUUUUCUUAAUUUUAUUUCUUGUGGUAAAGUGUGACUUUCAGAUUAAAAUGACCUUCUUUGAAACUUUUUUUUGACUUGUACAGUAAAGAGUUUGGAAAAUAUCCAUAAUUUUGAGGUUUGCAACCAGGAGAUAAAAAGAAGUCUCGAUAGUAAUCUUGUUCAUGUGCUUUUAAAACCAGCUACAAUUUAAGACUUCAUUAGUUAUGGAAACUGUAUGUUUGUGUAUGUGUAUAUAUUAAAUAAAAUAUAUGCCUCCAGUAAUGCAGUGCCAUUGAUCUUGAUGAAUAUCAGGGUAAAAUCCCUUUUAUGACAAGCACACAGAAAAUGAUAGCAUGGUCUGACUUUCAAAAAACGCCUCACCAUCUUUCUUACAGCUUUAUUUUGCUGUUUGUUUUGUUGUGAUCUGUUGUACCUCACAGCACCAUUGUGACCGUGGUGAUGCCUCAUUUGCAUGAUUUGUACGUUGUGUUUAAUGUGAAAUACAUGUUCAUUGAAGAGUC